AUGGCUAUCGAGGCAGACGAAGAUACCGUCAUGGGAGAAGCAGGCUCCCAUACUGCUCCCCAUGUCGCCUCGCACCAGUCUACCUCUCAGCCUGUAUCUGGACAACUCAAUGGGCGAUCGGACCCCUGGCUGGCCCCUCCACUACUCGAGCAAUCCGUGAGGGUGCCAUUACCUGGUCAACCAACCAACCUCCCGCCUCCCGACUCGACAGACAGCCCGGGAGUGUCGCCGCCCAAAAGCCUUCCCAAAUCCAUUGACUCAGGUGAAAUCGAAGAUCCAGACAAGGAUGACAGUCUUGUCGAGGAGAAUUCGGACUGGUCGGACGACGACGUCUCUGUUCGCACGGGCCUUCCCCUUGCCUCCCUCUCGUCGGGGCUCUGCUAUGAUGUCCAAAUGCGAUAUCACUGCGAAGUGCGCCCCACUGCAGACGUGCAUCCUGAAGAUCCCAGACGUAUUUACUACAUCUUCAAGGAGCUAUGUCGAGCGGGACUGGUGGAUGAUCCUGAGUCUUCGAAACCCCUUGUAGCGAGGCCCUUGAGUCGGAUCAGCGCCCGCAAUGCUACCGAGGAGGAGAUCAGGCUGGUUCAUACUCCAGAUCAUUUUGCCUUUGUCGAGAGUACCAAAGAUAUGUCGGAUGACGAACUCAUUGCUCUAGAGCAUACGCGGGACUCUAUCUACUUUAACAAACUGACCUUCGCGUCUUCCCUGCUGUCUGUCGGAGGAGCGAUUGAAACAUGUCUGGCCGUUGCUCGACGAGAAGUCAAGAAUGCUAUUGCGGUGAUCCGGCCCCCAGGUCACCAUGCCGAGCACGAUAAAACGAUGGGAUUUUGCCUGUUUAACAAUGUGUCGGUUGCGGCUCGUGUGUGUCAGAAAGAGCUAGGCGAGGAUUGCAGAAAGAUUCUGAUUCUGGACUGGGACGUUCAUCAUGGAAACGGCAUUCAAAAGGCUUUCUACGAUGACCCUAAUGUCUUGUACAUCUCACUUCACGUGUACCAAGAUGGCAAAUUCUACCCAGGUGGUGACGAAGGUGACUUGGAUCAUUGUGGAAAGGGCGCUGGCCUUGGACGGAAUGUCAAUAUCCCAUGGCCCAGCCAGGGUAUGGGUGAUGGCGAUUACAUGUACGCGUUCCAGCAAGUGGUGAUGCCGAUUGCGCAGGAAUUCAAUCCUGACCUAGUAAUAAUUGCCUCUGGGUUUGACGCUGCUGUUGGAGACGAACUUGGAGGGUGUUUUGUGACACCGUCCUGCUACGCUCAUAUGACGCACAUGCUUAUGACCCUUGCAAAUGGCAAGAUUUCCGUCUGCCUCGAGGGUGGAUAUAACUUCCGAUCAAUCUCCAAGUCGGCGCUUGCGGUCACAAAAACCCUCAUGGGAGAUCCACCUGAUCGCCUCCAUUCAACGACCCCUUCGGAGCUUGCAACGUCCGCCGUGAGACGAGUUAUGAUGGUUCAAUCGCACUACUGGAAAUGCAUGUAUCCCAAGGGUCCAGAGAACCAAGGGGUUUGGACUGAUAGACUUCAUGAUGUGAUUCGACAAUACCAAGCCAAACACCUCUAUGACAACUACAAGCUCACAUCCCUCUACAUCUACCGAAACGGGCUAUCAAAAUCGUUCGAAAACCAAGUUCUGGCUAGGUAA